AUGGCAACUAACUCAAAUUGGAACCCGAGUCCGGAUAACAGUUACAAUGCCAGGCCGUUGUUGUUACCAGAGAUCGGGCCCGAUGGCCUGGCCCGAGAAUCACCCGUCAUCGCCUACACAGAGAAGAUAAUAGAGGAAGAGCAGCGUCAAUUGAGAAAAUACAUUGAAGAAAACUAUUCCAAGAUUCGGGAUGUUGAACGAGAAUUAUCGAAUCUCACCAUGGAGAUGAAGCUUACUUCUGGGCCAAAGAAAGCUGCACUUGAACACAUGCGAAAGAAAAUUGAAAUGUCGACCGAGAGAAUUCGUAUUGCUAAGCUGAAAGAAUCACAGACAAAACAGGUGUGGGAAGCAGCAGCAAAAACUGUGAAGGAUGAGGAAGCAAUUAAGCAGAAGCUUUGUGAAGAUUUAAAUAAUCUGGUUCAAGAAAGUAGUAAUGCACAGUUUGCUAGACUCGAGGAAUUGAAACGGCGGCUGGAGGCUUUAAAUCCUAACAGAUUGUCCACCAACGUGACCUCUGGUGUGAACCCAGGGGAACCAGCACAGACUAGUAUAAUUCAAGAUGCUUCAGAAAUUCAAAGCACAUCAGAACCAGCUGGUGGAUCGGUGAGAAAUAUAUCUAAUCAAGGGGAUUUUAGUAAUAUUCCCCUAACAAAUGGUGAAAACCAACAGUCUGUAACCAAUGGAGAGGGAAGAGGGAAGAAGAAAAGUAUGUUCCAAGGGAGACUAAAGGGGAUAGGAGCAAUACCUAAGGGUAGAGGUCCUGCAGCUCCCGGUUGGACUGGGGCUGGGUUUAAUGUGGGUGGUAGAAGUUGA